AUGCGUCUCACAGUUGAAUUGAUCCAGAACUCCCUUUCAUAUCUCAAUCCUCUCAAAGAGCGCGAGCUAGAUCUUCGAGGGCACAAAAUUCCCGUUAUUGAGAACUUCGGUGCGGCAAAGGACCACGAUGCAAUCGAUUUCACGGAUAACAGCAUAUCCUCGAUAUCUAACUUCCCUUUCUCCCCACGAUUACGAUCUCUCCUUCUCGCCCGGAAUCGCGUUUCGCAUAUUCAACCCUCGCUAGCGACCUCACUUCCAAACCUGACAACCCUAGUCCUUACAGCAAAUAACUUUGCUGAACUAGCGGAUCUAGAGCCGCUCAAGACUUUUCCCAGAUUAACGCACUUAAGUCUACUCGAGAACCCAGUGACAAGGAAAGAGCAUUACCGAUACUGGAUUAUAUGGCUUGCUCCAACGAUACGCUUCCUCGAUUACCAAAAAGUUAAAGAUGCUGAGCGUGAAAAGGCAAAGGAACUGUUUGGGCAAUCGACGAAACAACCCACUGCACUAGCAUCGAAGAUACUAGGCAUAAAGUCGCGCGCGUUCGACGUCUCUUCUACCCUGGGCGCAGCAGCAUCUACUUCCUCGCCGGGCGAUGCAGGAAGUGAGAAGCCACUACGAGUCAAGCUGACGCCUGAGGAAAGGAAACGGGUUGAGAAGAUGAUAAGAGAAGCCAAGAGUUUACAGGAAAUUACGAGAUUGGAGAAGGAGCUGAAUGAAGGACGGAUACCCCGCGGUGCUGCUGAUGCGGAUGGUGAUAAUGACGUUGAGAUGACCUGA